AUGGCCACCGCCGCUGGAGUUUACUCUUCCUUGGAGAACCGUCCGCUCAACACCAUCUAUCUGUUUGAUGUCGAUGAGACCCUGGCCAAGGCUCGGCGCACUGUUCAACCCGAAAUGCUCGAGUUUUUUCUCGUCUUCGCCACAAAUGCGCUAUCGGAUACGUUCGUGAUUCCGUCUCGACUCUCCGACCUUUCUCCACCCUUCUUAACUCAUUUCCAGCUCGGUGGGUCGAACAUUGUAGAGCAACAUGAGCAACAGGGCUCUUCAACGACAGAUGUCACCACACUCUUCGAUUUCUGCUUCCCCGAGAAGGUGCGCGGUACCUUUGUCGAGUUCCGCAAUGGUAUGAUCAAUGUCAGUCCCAUUGGUCGUAAUGCCAGUGUUAAGGAGCGAAACAACUAUGGUGCGUAUGCUUAUCAUCCUAUCGUGCUUGGUGAGGAACACCACAGUUUGACGUCUCACUUCAGAUAUGACAAGGCGCACAACAUUGGGAAGGAUUUUGUUGAGGCACUCAAGAAUGCUGCACAAAACAGCUUUUCCAUCGGCGGACAGAUUUCGUUCGAUGUUUUACCCACUGGCUGGGAUAUGACUUAUUGUCUGCAACACGUCGCGGCCGAGAAGGAUAUUUCCGGCGUGGAGUGCAAGAGCAUCCCCUUUUUCGGUGACAAGUGUUCCGUCGGAGGUAGUGAUUAUGAGAUCUAUGAGGACGCCCGGACUAUCGGCCACACGGCCUUCGACCCCGAUGACACUAUGAAACAGCUUAAUAAGAUUUUUGAUCUUUGA